AUGAGCACCACCGGAGUGUCAGCUGUGGCACAAAGCUACCAGAUGUUCAACCCCAGGGCCUACUUGCAGAACAACUACAUGCCACCUCGUGCCAACUUUGCCAGCGAGGACUUUGUGGUGCCCUGGAAGCUCCGUUGCCUGGCAGAUGCCUUUGCCACAGGGGAAGUCUGUGGCCAUACUCUGAUUGACAUUGGCACAGGGCCCACCAUCUACCAGCUCCUCAGCGCCUGCGAUUUCUUUGAGGAGAUUGUGGCCACCGAUUACUUGGAAGUCAACCGGGAUGUGAUCCACAGUUGGGUGCGCGGUGAAGACCCUUGUGCCUUUGACUGGUCUCCCUACAUCCAGCACGUUUGUAGGAUUGAGGGCAAGGGGGAGCCAUGGAAGGAGAAAGAGCAGAAACUCAAAAAGAAACUGAAGAAGAUCUUUCCCAUUGAUGUCCACCAACACAACCCACUGGGUUCUUUGCUCAGCCAACCCGCUGACGCCUUGGUUUCCUCUUUCUGCCUGGAGGCAGUAAGCCCAGAUCGGCAGAGCUUUGACCAAGCCUUACAGAAUGUCACUACCCUCCUCAAGCCUGGUGGCCACUUCCUCAUGAUCGGGGCUUUGGAAGAGUCCUUCUACUUGGCUGGAGAAGCCAAACUACAGGUGGUGCCUGUGAGUGAAAGGGAUGUCCAGGAAGCCUUUGCCAAGAGCGGCUACUGCAUCCGCAACUUCCGCUCCUACACCAUGCCACCCAGCCUGAAGAUUGGUGUGGAUGACGUGCAGGGGGUCUUCUUCAUCCAUGCACAGAAGUCCACCUGA